CUGCUUUGUCUGUUUCUCUGUUAGUCUAGCUAGCUCUCUAUUCAGAUACACGGUGUCUCUCAGUCUCAUCUCCCCAACAAGAAAUUGGUACGGAAAACCCUAAAUUGAUCGAGCUGGAGCUCUCCUAGUAGCUACUGCGGCUCUGUAUCAGCAAAAGGUACUUGGCUAUGAUUCCAAAUGCAUGUACCAGACCCAGUGGGUUUAUCUCUGUAAAUUCGAGAGUAUGUAAGCCAUCGAUAUGCAGUAGCCCUGUGUUGUCAUGCAUUCCUCGUUUUCAAAGUAAGAGUGCUUUUCAAUGUAUCAUUUCAUGGAGUUCCCCUCAGAAGGCUAUGCCGCUUCUGCACCCCUGUGCUGCGUCGAGCCCAUUUUUCAGUGGGGAUCAAGGCAGCCUUUUACGCACAAUCCCCACACUGCAAAGGCGAGGCAGAUCCAGUAUGGCCCCUCAAGCAUCUAAGGAUGUCCCAUACAGUUUUCGGUUCCCUCCCAUGAUGAAGAAGCCAAAGUGGUGGUGGAGGACAUUGGCAUGUCUCCCCUACUUAAUGCCUCUACACGAGACAUGGAUGUAUGCAGAGACAGCCUAUCACCUGCACCCUUUCCUGGAAGACUUUGAGUUCUUCACAUACCCAUUUCUUGGCGCCAUUGGGAGUUUGCCCAGCUGGUUCUUGAUGGCAUACUUUUUCGUUGCAUAUCUUGGAAUUGUGAGGAGAAAGGAGUGGCCUCACUUCUUCAGAUUUCAUGUGGUGAUGGGCAUGCUACUGGAGAUUGCCUUGCAGGUGAUAGGGACUGUGAGCCGUUGGAUGCCACUUGCUAUUUACUGGGGUAAAUUCGGGAUGCACUUCUGGACAGCCGUUGCAUUUGCUUACCUAUUUACAGUGUUGGAGUGCAUACGCUGUGCUCUUGCUGGUAUGUACGCUGAUAUCCCCUUUGUUUGUGAUGCUGCAUAUAUUCAAAUUCCCUAUGACUAAUAGGUCAAAGGAAAGCGUAGGAGUAAAAUCAGCUGUCUUUCCAUCUGUUUGCAUUUUGUUGUAAGAGAGGAACUUGUUAGCAGAAGUGGUUUUUGUUCUGAAACAGCCUAUGUGUAGAGGUUUUAAUUGGAUCGGUUACAUUUGUGUUGUAGCAGAAUUCUCACCGAGGUGUUGUUUGCUUAUUUCAUUGUUUUUGAUCAGAAA